AUGAAGAACAGUCUGCUCUCUCCCGUUGGUUUCUUCGUUGUUGUCGCUGUACUUAUAGGAUGCUGCCCGCCAGGUCGGUGUUUGGCUCAUUAUGGCAGCAGCUCUAUUAAUGAAUCACAAUGGACUGACAGGGAAACACAGAUGUUGGCUGCUGCUGUAAAGCCCCAUGCCGGGUAUACCGACAGUGGUCCUCGGACGUCCAGCCGGGAGAUGAAUGACACUGGAUCGUGGGCCACGGAACGAUCAGGGGCAUUGCCGCGAUUCCGCACUACAGGGGAGCAGUUGUCGGAAGGGGCGUCAGUGCGUGAGGACCUUGCGCCGGGGAUCAGAGGAGUUCUGACAAAGAAAGGAGCGAGAGCGAGGACGACAAAACGCCACGAGCUCGUCUCUGUGACGUCGGAAGAACAUUACUGGAACCAAGGGAUUGCCGACCACAAGGGACAGACCGCGCCUCCUGUUGCAGCUUCAAGCAGUUUCAUGCAAAGCCCCUCUUCGCUUGCCACGCCUGUGGUCCUGAACGCUCCUGUUGACUUCCAUGGACAGGGCGAUAUCACUGCUGCUGUGAGGAGUCGACCUCUUGUCACGGCAGGCUUGUCGCGGCAUCAGAUUGAAGCCAAAAAUGAUUUGAAUAAGGUGCAAGCGGACACAGCAAGUGCGCCAGAACGGGUGGCGGCCAAGAUAAGCGUCAGGAAUCUAAAUUCUCUAAGAGACGCUUCUGCGUCUGAGAGACAACAGGUGCUAGAUCAGACUCCAGAACGCUUUGUCUCAAGCGAAGGCGCAGUGAGGAACCUUCUGCCAGGCGUGACACCAGAAACGGCUCUGGAACACGGAAUUCUGCUACCGCUGGAUAUUUGCCGCGUUACUAACUUGCCGUCCGGUUUUCGUGCUGGCCCGGACUACAAGAUGUUUCCCCGUGUCGCUUUAUUCCCUGUCCUCACUUGCGAUCUUUUUCUUGUCGGUAGGAGCCGUCUAUCACGUGCUGCGAAGUUGCAUCUUACGCGACAGCUGGUGGUGUCUGUUGCGUGGCUGCAUCGUCACGGCGUCGCUCACAAUGACUUGAAGCUUGAGAAUGUCUUUCCCAGUGAAGAAGGGAAGGCUGUCAUUGGCGAUUUGGGUUUCGGAGUGCAAAUUGGAACGUCGGCGAGACUGAAAUACACAGCGGCCUAUUUAGACCCUCAUGCUGCGGAGGAAUGCCUUAAUAAUCAAGUAGAAACAGUUGCAAAUGAAGGGACAGGUGCGUGGGCACUGGGAACUCUCGUCUUUGUGAUAUGGUGUAGAUCCUACCCAGUCGUUUCGCGUGAGCAAGCCUGCCUUUCCACUCGUGAUUUGCGGGACCGCCUGGUGACAAUGGCAAAGACAACUAAACCCACGCCAUCAUUUCACCACUGCCAGGAACUCCCCUCUCCGGUGAAAGACCUAAUAGCCGGAUUUCUACAGUGGAGCCGUGAAGCGCGACGUCUCCCAGGUGAUGUUGUUGACGAAUUCCUUGCUGCUACAGUCUCAGAAGCAGCGACCUCCUCAGCGAGUGUGUGA